CUUUCAGCUUUCCGCCAUGGCUGCAAUCCCAUCACUCACUCCGGAGAACGAACCCGCUGAAGCCAAUGCUCUUCCGCCGGCGAAAGCCUUCCCGGCCGAUACCGUGGAUGGCGCUGGCGAUGGCCCCGCCGGCCCAGUCCCGAUCGCUGUCGAAAAGCUGCGGCAUCAGGUGGACACCAUCAUCUCUAAGGUCGAUGAGUUGGAGGUGAAGGUGAAUGAGGUCGCCCAGUUCUAUGCGAACAAGAAGCGAUCCAAAGGUGCGAAGGAUGGGAAGGAUAAGAAGAUGGCCGUGAGUAGUUGUAGCAAUCUUAUUGUUUGUGAGAGUGCCUUGAAUGUCAAGGAUGGCAGCUCGUGCACUAAGAGGAUGCAGGAGCUCAUGCGGCAGUUUGGGACAAUACUGCGCCAGAUCUCACAGCACAAGUGGGCUUGGCCAUUCAUGGAACCAGUAGAUGUUGAAGGUCUUGGUUUGCAUGACUAUUAUGAUAUUAUUAAAAAGCCAAUGGAUUUCAGUACAAUAAAGAAUCAGAUGGAGGCGAAGGAUGGCACUGGAUAUAAAAAUGUACGGGAAAUAUAUGCUGAUGUCAGAUUAGUUUUCACAAAUGCAAUGACCUAUAAUGAUGAGAAAAAUGAUAUUCAUGUAAUGGCUAAAACUUUAUUGGAUAAGUUUGAAGAGAAGUGGCUCCAGCUAUUGCCAAAGGUCAUUGAAGAGGAAAGAAGACAGAAGGAGGAGGAGGCACAGGCCCAUGAAAAUAUGCAGAUUGCUCAAGAGGCUGCUGUUUCAAAAAUGGCCAAGGAUAUGAACAAUGAGCUUGCAGUACUCAAUUCGCAAUUGGAUGGCCUUAGAGAACUGGUGGUUCAGAAAUGCAGAAAAAUGUCAGCGGAGGAGAAAAGAAGACUUGGUGCUGGCUUAAGUAAUUUGUCAGCUGAAGAUCUCAGCAAGGUGCUAGAGAUUAUUGCGCAGAACAAUCCAAGUUUCCGAGCUACAACAGAAGAAGUGGAAAUAGACUUGGAUGCUCAGAGUGAAACCACUCUUUGGAAGCUAAAGUUUUUCAUGAAGGGGGCAAUGGAACUUCAAACAAAAAACUCCCCAAGCAAUGCUGACGAGAACUCGAAGCGCAAGAAGGAGAUCUGUGAUGCUCUAGCCAAGACUGCGAAAAGGCGAAGCAAAUUGCUUUCCUCGGCCUAGGGUUUGAAAACUGUUAACACGCUGGUUCUGAUCCUUUUUAGCAAAAACUUUUUAUCAUGAAUUGCCGGUUCUCAUGAGAAAAUAUAUUUGAGUUGGAAUGAGAACUGCAUCAACUUUAGGCUUUAGAUGUGUUGUAAGAGGCAGUGAAUCUGAGUGGUCUUUUUUGUGGCUAUUGUAUCUUUAUGAGGAACAAAUUGCUUCAUGUAAAAGUGGAUUUUUCGUAAAUUAUCCGUUGUUGAUGGUUGUGAUC